UCAUUCUUACAAUGUGCACUCUUUACGGGUGCAUAUCAUAGAUUUUCCCUUUUGUUUAUAAAGAGGUUGUGUGGCUAGCUUGAAUACCAGGGGCAGGAGAACUUUGUAUUUUGAGUCUUGCACCUCAGACUCAGUGUGGAAAGUUAACUAAUAUUUGCCAACUCUAGUUUUUGUGACUGAGGGUUUAACUUACGAAUGCAAAUUGCAAGAAUUGAGCUAUAACAACAUGUUAAAUUAUCACCAUUCCCAAAAGCUUAAGCUGUCAGGACUAAAGCUAAACAAUUGAUAUUAAGCCUAUCCAUCAGAACUGCAAGCCACUUCCCUUGUAUUGCUGUGAGGAAUAAAUUUGAAGCAGCACCCUGAAUUUCAACUGUGAUUCAAGAUAUCCAAGGUAGUGACAGCUACCAGUUGGAGAACAAGUACACAAGUCGUCAACAACAUGACCAAGGAGAGUGGCUUCAACGAAAAUACAAAUACAGUGAAGACCUCAGCAUCGGCACAACAUUCACCACCAGGGAUGGAGAGAGAGAAAACCACGAAAAAUUCUAGUGGCAGUAUACAAGAUUCAGACAAGAUCCAAAAGGAAAAGGAAGUCACCAAUAUUGUUCCAUUAUACAAGCUGUUCUCCUUUGCAGACUUCGCUGACUAUGUAUUAAUGCUUGUGGGAACAAUGGCUGCUAUUGGAAAUGGCAUCUGCAUGCCUCUUACGUCUGUGCUAUUGGGAGAGUUAAUUGAUUCCUUCGGACAAACUGUGAACACCAAACAAGUGGUCCAUCAAGUUUCCAAGGUAUCUCUCAAGUAUGUUUACUUGGCCCUGGGGUCGGGUUUUGCAUCAUUUUUCCAGGUGGCAUGCUGGAUGGUCACAGGGGAAAGACAAUCUGCGCGUAUUAGAAGUUUAUACUUGAGAACUAUAUUGAGACAAGAAAUUGGAUAUUUUGACAAGGAAACUACCACUGGAGAAAUCAUUAGUCGGAUGUCAGGGGAUACCUUUCUCAUUCAGGAUGCCAUGGGUGAAAAGGUUGGAAAGUUCAUAGAGCUGGUAGCUUCAUUCUUGGGAGGCUUUGUAAUAGCUUUGAUCAAGGGAUGGCUUCUCACCCUUGUCUUGCUAUCUUCAGUUCCACCUAUUAGCAUCUCUGGUGGCAUCGUGAUUAUUAUUAUAGCAAAGAUGACAUCCCAUGAACAAAUAGCAUAUUCUUUAGCAGGAACUGUGGUUGAACAGACAAUUGGCUCAAUUAGAACUGUUGCAUCAUUUACAGGGGAGAGGCAAGCUAUAAAUAAAUACAAGAAGUCUCUUCUUAAAGCUUACAAAUCUGGUGUGCAAGCGGGUUUGGCUCUUGGUUUGGGUUUUGGUGUAUUUAUGUUUCUUUUGUGCAGCAGUUAUGCUUUGGCAGUUUGGUAUGGUGCUGAAAUGAUAAUAGACAAGGGUUAUACAGGAGGACGAGUGCUGAUUGUUAUUUCUGCCGUGUUGACUGGUUCUUUUUCUGUGGGGCAAGUAUCACCCUGCCUCAGUGCAUUUGCCUCUGGACAAGCUGCAGCUUUCAAAAUGAUUGAGACCAUUAAUAGGAAGUCAGAGAUAGAUCCUUACAACACCAAUGGACAGAAAUUGGAUGAUAUCUGUGGGGAUAUUGAGUUAAGGGAUGUCUAUUUUAGUUAUCCUGCAAGACAAAAUGAGCUUAUUUUCAGUGGAUUCUCUCUCUCAAUACCAAGGGGAGCAACUGUUGCUUUGUUUGGACAAAGUGGAAGUGGAAAGUCAACAGUUAUCAACUUGAUUGAAAGGUUUUAUGAUCCUCAAGCUGGUGAAGUUCUUAUAGAUGGUAUCAAUGUUAAGGAGUUUCAGCUUAGAUGGAUCAGAGGAAAAAUUGGUCUUGUUAGCCAGGAACCUAUGUUGUUCACUUCAAGCAUUAGAGAUAAUAUAGCAUACGGAAAGGAUGGAGCAACCAUUGAAGAAAUUAAAGUUGCUACUGAGCUUGCCAAUGCUGCUAAGUUCAUUGAUAAACUACCCCAGGGACUAGACACAAUGGUUGGUGAGCAUGGAAUUCAAAUGUCUGGAGGUCAGAAGCAGAGAAUUGCUAUAGCAAGAGCUAUUUUGAAAGACCCCAGGAUUCUACUUCUUGAUGAAGCUACAAGCGCUCUUGAUGCCGAAUCUGAAAAGAUUGUGCAAGAGGCAUUGGAAAGGGUUAUGGUCAACCGAACAACCAUCAUUGUAGCCCAUCGCUUAGGGACAGUGAAGAAUGCAGACAUGAUUGCUGUAAUUCAUCGAGGAAAAAUUGUUGAAAAAGGUUCGCACUCUGAGUUAGUACAGGAUCCAGAAGGUGCAUUUUGCCAGUUUUUACGCUUGCAAGAACUUAGCAAAGACUCAGAACAAAAAAAUGCAGAUGAUCAGGAUGGACCAGAAAUCAUUGUGGAUUCUGGAAGACAUUCAAGUCAGCAAGUGUCCUUCUUAAGAUCCUUAAGUCAAGGUUCAUCUGGAAUUGGCAACAGUAGCCGCCACUCAUUCUCCAUUUCAUUUAGUGUACCUACUGCAAUCAACUUCCUCAAGACAACAACUGUAGAACCCACAACUCCUGCUUCAGCAACAUUGCAGGCGGUGGUCCCACAAGUCCCACUUCGCCGGUUGGCCUAUCUGAACAGGCCAGAAAUCCCAAUGUUGAUUAUAGGUUCAGCUGCUGCAGUGAUCCAUGGUUUAAUAAUGCCAAUUUUUGGACUACUUCUUGCCAGCAUAAUCAAAAUCUUUUACGAGCCACCUCAUGAGCUUCGAAAGGAUUCAAAAUUCUGGGCAUCAAUGUUUCUUGUACUUGGUGUGGCGGAUUUAUUGGCAACACCAGUAAAAACAUACUUUUUUUCUACGGCAGGAUGUAGGUUAAUAAAACGUAUUCGAUUAAUGUGCUUUGAGAAACUGGUUCACAUGGAGACAAGUUGGUUUGACGAAGCAGAGCACUCAAGUGGUGCAAUCAGUGCAAGGCUUUCUGGGGAUGCUACCCUUAUUACAAAUUUGGUUGGAGACUCACUUGCUUUGAUUGUUCAGAAUGCUGCAACAGUAAUUGCUGGCUUGGUUAUUGCUUUCCAAGCAAACUGGCUACUGGCUCUUAUUAUUCUAGUCAUGGUGCCUCUAAUAGGACUUAACGGAUACAUUCAGGCAAAGUUCUUGAGUGGAUUCAGUGCUGAUGCAAAGAAAUCAUUCGAGGAUGCAAGUCAGGUUGCUGGUGAUGCAGUUGGGAGUAUUAGAACAAUUGCUUCUUUCUCUGCUGAAGAGAAGGUGAUGCAGCUGUACCAAAUGAAAUGUGAAGGCCCAAUGAAGGCAGGAAUAAGACAAGGUUUAGUUUGCGGGGUAAGUCUUGGGUUCGCCAUGUUCUCACUGUUUUUAGUCUACGCAGCCAGUUUUUAUGCUGGAGCUCGACUUGUUGAGGCUGGCAAGAUGGACUUUGCUGCAGUUUUUCAAGUUUUCUUUGGUCUCACUAUGGCAACCGUGAGUAUAUCGCAAUCCGCGGCCCUUGCUCCAGAUUUAAGUAGAGCCAACAGUGCUGCUGCUUCUGUCCUUGCUAUUCUAGAUCAGAAAUCAAAAAUAGACUCAAGUGAUGACUCCGGAACAACAUUAGAAAAUGUAUGGGGGGACAUUGAGUUUCAGCAUGUCAGUUUCAAGUAUGCCACUAGACCUAAUAUUCAAAUUUUUAGGGAUCUUUGCUUGACCAUUUCCUCUGGCAAGACUGUUGCCCUGGUUGGAGAAAGUGGAUGUGGGAAGUCAACAGUAAUAUCUUUGCUGCAAAGAUUUUAUGAUCCUAAUUCAGGUCAGAUUACCCUAGAUGGAGUUGAAAUCAAAAGGCUUAAAUUAAAAUGGUUAAGACAGCAGAUGGGGCUGGUUAGCCAGGAACCUAUCUUAUUCAACGAAACCAUCCGAGCCAACAUUUCGUAUGGAAAGGCAAGCAGUGCAACAGAGGCAGAAAUUAUAGCUGCGGCAGAAUUGGCAAAUGCUCACAAGUUCAUUAGUGGUUUACAACAGGGGUAUGACACGGUCGUUGGAGAGCGAGGGAUCCAGUUGUCUGGCGGGCAAAAGCAGCGAGUGGCGAUUGCCCGUGCUAUAGUGAAAUCUCCAAGGAUAUUACUACUAGAUGAGGCUACCAGUGCUCUUGAUGCUGAAUCUGAGAAGGUGGUUCAAGAUGCAUUGGAUAGAGUUAUGGUGGACAGAACCACAGUAGUGGUGGCUCAUAGGCUAUCCACAAUUAUAGAUGCAGAUUUAAUAGCUGUGGUUAAAAAUGGAGUCAUUGCAGAGAAAGGAAAGCAUGAUACUUUGAUGAAUAUCAAUGAUGGAAUUUAUGCCUCUUUGGUAGCCCUACACACAAGUGCUUCAUCAUAGAGAGCUACUUUUGUAUUACUCUGCCCAUGUUUAUAAGAAAGAAGUAUCCCAUUAGUAUAAGAUGGGCUUAAUGACUAAGAUCA